UUGAUUUAGCUGGUUUUAUGAUUUGUAAAUGCAUUUCAAUUGAUGAAUUUCUAUGAUCGCUUUCGUAAAAGUAUUGAUUGCUGAUUUAAAAAUCGGAAUAAAUAUAAUUUUGUGAACGCAUUGACGGUUUUGUGAGUUUCUUCCGUUUAUGGUCGCCUGUACCUUUGUGACGCGCCUCCGCUGCAAAGUUGUAAAUCUUGAAAUUUCCCAAGAUGGCAGAAACUAUUCAGAAAGACACCGAAGACCUGCCCGGAAUGGAAUCCACUAAUGAGUUACAAAACUCCGUUGAACCAACAAACUUUGAUCCUAUAGAGUGUUUUAUAUGCGUUACGCAAAGCACGGAGUGUUUGGAGAUACACAAUGCAAAAACUAACACGACAGGAACACCGUUACACAUAUUUUUGUUUAAGUUUACGAAUAUAAACCGUUUAUACUGUCAGGCGUUUGCGAAACACAUAUGUUAUACGUGUUAUAAUCUCAUUAAUGAGCUGGAGAAAGCUGAAUUGGAAUAUUUGAAACUGAAAGAGAGUUUUGAAUUGAUUAUAAGCAAUAAUCCGCUGAUUCAUUCGCCGCAAAAGCCUAAUAUACCGUAUAAGAGUGUUGAUGAGUUUAAGCCAAAAGUUACUGUUGAAGCGGAAUUUGAAACUAUAAAACAGGAGUCUUCAUAUGAUGGUGGCAACAGCAGUACAUUUAAUACUGUCAUUAAACUGGAGCCGAUGAGUGAAGAUGACCUCGAGGAAGGUGACCCCGACAGCGACUACAAUCCGGAGGUCAGCGAGGCUAAAACAGCGAGAAGAAGGUCAAAGGCCGCUGGGUUAAAAAACGGCGCUGAAGACAAAACGCCCGCGACAACAUUCCAAGCAGAAGACGAAGAAACAAACAAACAAACAGGCGACAUGAAAACAUACGAUUGCGUAAUUUGCCAUCAGAAGUUUACCCUGAAGGGGAAUUACAAAAGACACCUUUCGACUCACACGGGCGUAUUACCGUUCCAAUGUACAGUUUGCGAGCGAAAUUUCAAGAGGAAAGAUCAUCUUUUGAAUCAUAUAAGAACGCAUACGGGCGAGAAACCUUACGAAUGCAGCGUGUGUUUGAUAAAGUUCACGCAGAAAGGCAGUAUUAUUGCACAUUUGAGGACCCACACUGGUAUACAGCCGUUUGAAUGCACUUAUUGUCACAAGAGAUUUAAACAGCGCACUCAUUUGAACAGCCAUCUUAGAAUUCACACCGGAGAGAGACCGUAUGAAUGUGAUAUAUGUCAGCGCAGAUUCACGCUGAGCUCCAAACUGAAGAUACAUUCGAGAACUCAUACGGGCGAGACCCCGUACAAGUGCACAUAUUGCGACAGUCAGUUCAAGCAAAUAGGCAAUUUGCAAAGUCACAUGAGAAUUCAUACGGGUGAGAAACCUUAUGAGUGUGAAGUGUGCCGGCGUACGUUCAGCUUGAAACAUCAUUUGCGCGAUCAUUUCAGCACGCACACAGGUGAGAAACCGUACCAUUGUUUCGUGUGCAACCUGAAGUUUAAUUAUAAACAUGUCAUGCAGAGGCAUGUUAAAGUUAUGCACCCGUCGUCACAGUCUCAGUUGGCGGAUGUGAACGCGGAAACGGAAAUGGAGAUCGGGAUGGGUGUGGUGAACGCGGAACCGGAAAUUGAGAUUAGAGUGGACGAAGAUGAGGAAGUGAGUUUUGAACCGCCGCCGGAAGUGGAGGUUCGAAUAAAAGAGGAGCCGUGUGAUUGAAAAAUUUGAUUUUUCUUGUGUAAUAGUACUGUAGUCUUUUUGAAGUGUUUUGAUCUCAAUAAGCCCAAGCACAAUCGACCGUGCCGUGUGGUUCCCGGCACCAAAUAGAAAAAAGAAUUGGACCACUCCAUCACUCUCCCAUGGAUGUCGUAAAAGGCGACUAAGGGGUAGGCUUAUAAACUUGAAAUUCUUCUUUUAGGCGAUGGGCUAGCAACCUGUCACCAUUUGAAUCUCAACUCUAUCAUUAACCCAAAUAGCUGAACGUGGCUAUUCAGUCUUUUCAAGACUGUUGACUCUGUCUAAUCCGCAAGGGAUAUAGACGUGACCAUAUGUAUGUAUGUACAUAGCUUCGCCCGCGUCAAUUUUUAAAAAGCGACGAAUUAAACGCCACCCACAAAAAGCAACCUAUUUAGCGCCAGCUGGAAAAGUGACCAGGUUUUUCGAGAAUCCCACGGGAAUUAUAAUUUUUACCGGGACGAAAUGUGUAUGUCCUUCACCAGAUACUUAAUUAUAUAUACGUGAUAUUUCAAAAAGAUUAAAAUAGAAGAUAACUCGUGCAAAAGGUUACAAAUACAUAAAAUUACUUUAGAAUUUUUCAUAUUAGUUUAAAUAUGACUUACUUAGGUAUAAUAUUAUAUAUAUAUAUACAUAUAUAUAUAACUAGCUGUGCCCGCGACUUCGUCCGCGUGGUAUAAUUAUUUAGGGCAUCAUUGAAGCCCUCAAGGAUGAAUGAUUUUCCCCGUCUUUUUUUUCACAUUUUCCAUUUUUUCUUUGCUCCUUAUAGUUGCAUUGUGAUGUUAUAUAGCCUAAAGCCUUCCUCGAUAAAUGGUCUAUUCAACACAAAAAAAAUUUUUCAAUUCGAACCAGUAGUUCCUGAGAUUAGCGCGUUCAAACAAACAAACAAACUCUUCAGCUUUAUAAUUUUAGUAUAGAUUAUAGUUUUCAAAACAAAAAACUAAUAUUCCUGUGUAUUCUCUCUUUAUUUGACUGCGUUCAAUCCCCUUUCAUUUUGUUUCUAUCAUGCCCAACUCUCACUUCCACACAUAAUUUUAGACAUUGACACGCCAUUGUGAACGGCCGUUCGGCCAUUUUAUGUUACUCUCCUACUUCUAAUAAAGGAUAUGUAAUUUUAUUUAAGCAAUGUAAAU